AUGACGGUCAGUGACAGGGUUCCUCCGAUUGCAUCCAGCGAGUUGCGAUCCAUUACUGACCACUGUUCAUCGCGUCAAGCGACCGGCAAGAUGACUGCCAUCCUCCGCGGCUUCUACGGCCCAUUUCUCUUUCCGACCACGCCGUAUUUUCUCGUAGGACUCGCCAUGUUCACUGUCAUCUUUGUUGUCGCGUUGCAGCGCGCCCACUUUGACAAGCUCGGCCCGAAUCUGCAGAAUGCCACACUCACCAUGACAGCCAUGCACAUGUGCAUCAACUUCGCCAAUGACGGAUUGGCGGGUGGCCUGAAAGAUAUUCCAAUAACUGCUCAAUGUCUAUUUGUUGCUGUUUUCUUCCAGAAAGCGGUUAGGUCACUGGAGAAGAUGCGAGAAGUACGGUUCGGCAUGACACAAUGUUAA